AUGAGAGCAGCACCCAACUUGAAGCUCAACAGGUUUAGUAUCAAUCCUCGAAUCAAGUUGUCCCUCACAAGUUUGAGUGGUCUCACUGAAUACAAUCCACAUCUUCUUGAAUACACUUGCCAGAUUGAAACCAGAGUGAGGAUAAUUGGAACAUCAAAGAUUUCAGAGCAAUUUGCACCACGUAAUGAAGAAUGUGAAAUUUCAGAGCACCAAAAUUCAUCAGCAGCAAAUAUGAAAAACCUGAUGAUUGAGACACUGGAAAAUUCAAAACCGCUUAUAGCUGUUGAAUUCAACUCUAUGAAAAUGACAGUUGACUCUCCGACUAUGGUCUCCAAAUGCUAAUAAAUGUGUAACCCCUACGCUCUUGUAUAUUUUAUUUCGACCUAGCUAGUAAUUUCGACACAUGUACUAUAUUAAAUAGUAACAUUUGCACAUGCCAAUUAUACUAUCUUAAUUAAUUCCAUUCAUAUAUGAUCC